UAUAUAUUUCAUAAUCAGCAUUCGAUGUGUAGUACCUUGAAAUGGUGAGUUGCGGCCGGCACUGUGCUCUUCAUUGAUAUUAGUUACAUUGGGAAAAAAAUUUCAUCAUUUUGUGAAACGAUUAUUAACAUAAUAUAUUAAAUAUGGCGAGUCAAUUAUUAUUAUCUGCAAAAAGAUUGGAAAAAAUUUUAUUAGUGUCCGUUCAAAAGGGACAUUUUGAUACAUUUCAGUUGAAAAGACAAUUGUCAUUUUUGAAAAAAUGUUAUACAAUGCCUGUUUUUGAAGAAUUUCAACAACAAUGGAGAUUAUUGUGUAUGCAAUCACCUAAAGGAUUUGAAAAAUUUUUUAAACGAGGCGGGGCAAAGCCAAAUAAAGUUGAUGAGCAAACAGAUAAAAAAUCGGAGAGCACAUCAAAUAAAGAUGCUCAAUCCAGUAAACAAUCGUCAUCUAGUCCUAAAGGUUCUGAGACCAAUUGGACAUCUAAGAUUUUUGGUACAAAUUGGCAGCAAGGGCAAGGAGGCAAAUCGUUUGGCGAUUAUGAUAAAUAUACAUGGUGGGGAUUGCUUUUUUUAGCAACUAUAACCGCGUUUUUCUAUUUAUUCUCAGAAGAUAUAUAUUCUCGACAAGUUACAUGGAGAGAAUUUGUCCACAACUACUUAAGUAAAGGAAUGGUAGAAAAAUUGGAAGUUGUAAAUAAAAAAUUUGUUAGAGUCAAACUUUUUCCUGGCCAUAGCAUAGAUGGAUACACUACAUUAUGGUUCAAUAUUGGAAGCACUGAAACUUUUGAAAGAAAUUUAGAAAAUAUUCAAAUAGAAUUAAAUAUAGAACCUGAAAAUGAUGUUCCCGUUGUAUACAAAUCUGAGGUAGAAGCAUCGACUAUACUGACAUAUUUAGUGCAAUUAUUUUUCUUUGGGCUAGCUAUAUACAUGCUGCGACGUUCAAUGGAAGCAAUAAGCGGAAAAGGUGGUCGAAGAAGAGGAUUAUUUGGUGGCGUGAUGGAAUCAACCGCAAAAUUAAUUAAUUCAAAAGAUAUUGACGUUCGAUUUAAAGACGUGGCUGGAUGCGAAGAAGCAAAGAUUGAAAUUAUGGAAUUUGUAAAUUUUUUGAAAAAUCCAAAACAAUAUAUAGAUCUUGGGGCGAAAAUCCCAAAAGGAGCUAUGUUGACAGGUCCUCCUGGAACAGGAAAAACAUUGCUCGCUAAAGCAACGGCCGGUGAAGCAGACGUUCCAUUCAUUUCCGUGUCAGGUUCAGAAUUUUUAGAAAUGUUUGUAGGUGUUGGACCUUCUAGAGUAAGAGAUAUGUUUUCUAUGGAGAAACACGCACCAUGUAUUUUUAUCGAUGAAAUCGAUGCGGUAGGGAAGGACAGAGGUGGUGCCGUGAAUUGUGGUGGGCAUUCAGCAGAAAAUACACUUAAUCAACUUUUAGUGGAAUUCACAGGAUUUAACACGACAACCAAUGUAAGUUGUCUUAGCGGCAAUCGAGUGGAUAUUUUGGAUAAGGCACUUUUAAGACCUGGUAGAUUCGAUAGACAUUUAUUCCUGCCACCUGACAUCAAGGGACGUGCUUUCCAUAUUUUAAGGUGCAACUUGGCCUGUCGAAAAACUUGUUAAACAAGAUGACUGGCAAGAAAAAUGGCAUCCUUGACGCCUGGUUUUACGGGAGCUGAUAUAGCUAUGUUUUGUAAUGAAGCAGCUCUCAUAGCAGCAAGAGAUAUGAAUGAUAAUACACUAUCACAUUUCGAACAAGCUAUUGAAAGAGUAGUAGCUGGUAUGGAAAAGAAAACAAAUGUUUUGCAACCGGAAGAAAAGAGAACAGUUGCAUAUCAUGAAGCUGUCAUGCAGUGGCAGGUUGUUCUUGGAAUAUCAGAUCCGCUUUUAAAGGUAUGCUAUUAUACCAGAGGAAAAGGAUUAGGGUAUGCUCAAUACUUACCACGUGAACAAUAUCUUUACACCUCGAAAGACAAUGUUUGAUCGAUGUGUAUGACACUUGGAGGUAGAGUAUCGGAAGAAAUAUUUUUUGGUCGCAACACAGGUGCUAGAGAUGAUUUACAAAAAGGUAUUUAAGAUAUUGUUAACAAAAAUGCCUAUGCUCAGAUCGUGCAGUUUUGGUAUGACGAAAAGGGGAAUGUCAGCUUGAAAAGACCACAACCAGGUGAAGCAACUAUAGACAAACCGUAUUCCGAGAGGACAGCACAACUUAUUGACAGCGAAGUGCGUCAGCAAUUGAUAGCGCGCACAAAACGUACACGUGAUCUUCUUACGAAGCAUAAGGAAGAUGUAGCUAAGGUCGCAGAACGUCUUUUGAAACAAGAGAUUUUAAAUAGAGACGACAUGAUAGAAUUACUUGGACCUAGACCAUUCAAAGAAAAAUCAACUUAUGAGGAAUUCGUUGAAGGCACUGGCUCCUUUGAAGAAGAUACCAGAUUGCCAGAAGGUUUACAGGAAUGGAAUAAAUCUAGAACAGAAUCUGAUGAUAAAUCAGAAAGUAAAGAGAGCUUACCUUCUAAUCCACCUUCAAAAACACCCAUCUACCGAAGCAACUAAAAAUCAGCCGUGAAAAAGAUUG